AUGGCACGUCAGCACGGCCAUACGACAGCCGUCCGAACAAAGUUCCAGGCUGCAGCUCAUCUCCGGGUCACUUGCAACCACCGUGUGCCCUCCCUUUCACGUACACCUUCACAUUCACCGCAAACCUCAUUCACGAUUGAUGCUUCACGACCACACUCUUCGCAGGAUCAACGCUCGACACUCUACCUGAAUCCGACCGCAAACACCCAGAAGGAGCAGGAACGACGCACCGAAGCGCACACUCGACGGACCAUCGAACUCGCACGAUGA